CGUGCAAGGGUCACACGUACCGCGUGUGGCGACGUGGCUGCGGCGCAAGUGGCAGGCGGUCUACGAUAACUACAAGCCUCACAUUCUGCGCACUUUCGACAACGUGGAGACUCAGGCUUGGAUCUUCGCGGAGAAUCUUAUGGACUGGCUCCAGAAGGUCGGCCUUGAGAUCAAGUCCUCCGCCUACUACCAGAAGAUCGCCGAGAUCGUGACCUACGUGGAGGGCAUCUACAAGGACUUCACCGAAAAGUCCAAGCGAGAGAACCUGGAGAAGUACUACACCAUGUUCGUCGAGAAGAUGAAGAGCGGGUUCAAGAUGCUUGUCGACGGAGUUGCUCCGUUCGUGCAAGACUGGAUCGACGAAUUGCAGACGGCUUGGGCUAAACUCUUGCAGUAUAACCAGAUUGCAAGAAUUAAGGAUGCUGUUCUUGCUGCCAUUGAUAAGGUGGUGUGGACUGUCCGCUACGUUGACAUCCGCGGGCACCUGAUUGAUGCUGCAGCCUUCAUCUUGGAGCACGGAGACACCAUCGUCUCACAGACCAGCAUCCAGGCAUCGCAGAAGCACAUCGUGGCCAAGACGAAGUUCCUGUUCACUCCGUCCCAAGGGAAAGUGUUAUUGGUUCAGAAAUUACCCGUUGACUGGCAAGCCUUCAACGUCAAGCCAAACUGGAGGGACUUACCAGAGUACAAGAACAUUCAGUGGGUGAGGGACACAUUCUUCUCCACCUCCAACACGACCAUCUUGGAUAAAUUCUACAAGUACUGGAACCUCAAUUUCAACCCUGUGACUUGGGUUCCGCCAUUCCCUGCGACCGGCUACAUGAUCGGCGAGCAACACUUCAUGACCUUCGACGGGCAUCACCUGGAGUUCAAGGGCCGCUGUCAGCACCUCCUUGUGGCUGACAUGGUGAGCGGACAGUACGCGGUGACCGUCAACUACCACAGCCACUCCUCCAGGACGAUCAUCAUUUACAUCGGAGGGUCGGAGAUCGAGUUGGCGACUGACUUUAGGGUGACGGUGGACAAACAACCCACGGAGCUGCCGGUGAGAGUGGAUGGCGCCACGGUGGACCGCUGGCUGCACAAGAUCGAGGUGAGGACGGAUCACGGGCUGCGCAUCAACUGGAACCUGGCGCAUGACGUCCUCUCCAUUAGCCUGUCAGGCACCUCCUUCGACAAGACGGGCGGCCUGCUGGGGGUCUACAACAACGAGCCCAUGGACGACCAACAGCUGCCCGACGGAACCCAGACGGACGUCGUGCAUGUCCUGGCGCAGGGUUGGGACGUCAGCAGGGGCGCCUGUCAGUCCGGAGGGAACCUGGCCGUGGGAGCCUCCAAGGUCAGCGUGGACACCUGCCAGCACCUGUUCCAGUCCAAGACCUCGCCCUUCAAACACUGCUUCUUCCAGGUGGACCCGACGCCGUAUCUCCACAUGUGCAUGGUGGAUUACCGGAGCGAGGACCGGGAUACUUGCACGGCUGCCACGGCGUACAUGGAGGCGUGCUCCAGGAACAACAUCCCGGUCAAGAUCCCGGUGUUCUGUGUAGAGUGUGUGUACGAAACCGACGACGGCGAAACCCACACCCUGGAGGAGGGCACGUCGACGAUGCUGGAGGUCGACGACAUCCUCAAGUCAACGGACGUGGUACUCCUGGUGGAGGACGGCGCAUGCAACAAGGGCUUCGCCUCCAAGAAACCCCUGAACCGCUUCGAGAGCUUCAUCAACGCCAUGGACGAGGAGCUGGCGAAGAACGGCCUCCGGAAUGUGAGAUACGCCAUGGUUCUGUACGGAGGGGAAAGUCUCUACGCGCAGCCGGCCAUCGCUACCGUCGACAACCAGAUCUUCACGGACGCCAGCAACAUCCACAGGGCUCUCGAUCGGGUGGAAUUCACUGCAGAAACCGACAGCGAGGACUACUGGGGGGCGGAUGCCUUCGAAGCCUUCAACUUCGCCGCUGACCUAACCUUCCGUGCCGGCGUGAGCGUGACCUUCGUGCUGUUCCCGUGCAGGUCGUGCAAACCCAGCAUUCCCUCUAUGGACUACAGCACCAUGUACCACAUCCUCCUGGAAUAUUCCAUAACUCUCCACGUCUUUAACGAUGAGCUCUUCGACAUUCCCAAAGCCACGGAGAGGAGUAAGCUAUACGGCAUGGACAGAGACAACGCCUACACCGUCAAGGACUCUAAGAGGUCCUUCACCGGAGACCAAGCCCUUCGUCGACAGCUCACGACACCCAAGGACGACCUCGGCUACUGCGCCCCCUUGGCUCUGGAGACUGGAGGUUCGAUCUUCACCAUGUCGCCCAUCAAGCAAUCGAAGAAGCGGCUCAAGAAGCAGAUCGAGAAGGUGGCCAUCGUCUUCGGGAGGCGCGUGUCCCUGACGGCGAAACCCCAGAGCCGGAAGAGGUGCGUCUGCGUCCCGAGCACAGCGGACGGCGCCGCGAGUGUGCAGUGCGACAACUGGGAUAGCGGCCAGCUGUCCAUUCUGGCUAUGUACGGCAACCUGACAGACAUGCAACCCGACUUCGAGAUGAACAUGGACGAGGUCGGAACAUGUCAGCGGCGAGACAGCCAGGGAGUGUGCGUGCAAAGAAUAGAGAGCUAAAUGAUAAAGGACUUUGUUUUCUCUUAGAUACAAUAGGACUAAGAUUUUUUUUUUCUCUAGAAUGUAAGUUUUUUUUUUUUUCUUUUGGGCAGGUGGUAUUAUUAAAAGGUGUUGAGAGAGAGUUUGGUAUAGGGUAAGGUUUAUAUGCAUAUAGCUUCGUGUUACAGGAUUCAAUUGUGGAAUGUAGGGAUAGAUGUGUAGGUACAUACACGUAUUGGGACGAGCACAUCCACACAAGCACUCGCACACUUACAAAAUGCUCAUACUCACACACUUAUUUUAAUUCUCUCUCUCUCUCUCUCUCUCUCUCUCUCUCUCUCUCUCUCUCUCUCUCUCUCUCUCUCUCUCUCUCUCUCUUCUCUCCUCUCUCUC